GAUGAGGUGCAUCAGUUACUCGCCAGACUGUCUUUUGUGUGGAAGGGUGUGUCGGCUGAUUAUUGAGUUAACCUUUUUCAUUUUUUAUGAUCUUAGUUGUUGUCUUUCUUUGUUUAGCAUAUUGUAAUUCCCUUACCUAUCCUAUCUGCUCGACUGCUUGAAAGUUCUGGUAUCAUUAAAAUGUCAAAAAAUCCCGAAGUGGUCGAGCACAAAGAACGGAAUCAAAUCGUACACAUUCGUGGCGAUUCUGAUUCCGAAUUACAAGCCUUGUUUGACAGCGUACUGAAGCCUGAUGCCCACAGACCAUUGCAGCUGCCAUUUCGGUUGCGAAAUCUGCCAGAUUCUUUCUUCAAACCACCUCCAACUGGAUCAAAGUCUCCUUCUGUGGCAUCUAAUUCACACAGCAGAGAAAACAGCACAGAUUCUGGGCAUUUUGCUUUGAACCCUUCACCAUCAGCCAAUAUUCACCAUUCGAGAGCACACAGCUCUCCAGCCUCACUCCAACAGACUUUGGCAGCUGGUCAACAACGACCAGUACAUCAGCACUUAAAGCAACAGAGUUGUGACUUAACUCUCGAUCACUUCCCACUUCCUGAAGGAUGGGAACAAGCCAAGACACCUCAAGGACAAGUCUACUUUUUAAAUCACCUGACUCAAACAACAACAUGGGAGGAUCCACGGAAAAAAUUACUGCAGCAACAGAUUCAGCCGUUGUCACCGGCUCCUCCACCAAACAUGGUAGCUCCACCUUUACUCAGUGCCGUUACGGCGCCAGUUGCCGGAAGUAAUGCAGCGGCUGUCUUGGCGGCAUCUCAGCAAGCUUUAACCCAAGCUUUGGGUCCUCUACCGGAUGGAUGGGAACAAGCAGUUACUCCGGAAGGAGAACUCUAUUUCAUUGAUCAUCACACGAGAAAGACUUCGUGGUUUGAUCCUCGCCUUCGUAAUAGCAACUUCUUUUAUUAUUUUGUAUUUAUUUGUUUUUCCCCACUUGCUCGCCACGCUAAUGUCUCGUUUCUGUUUGUUCCAUCAUCAGCUAUUCACAUGCAGAAGCCACCCAUGGUACACGCCGCUGGAACACAGAGCGCUGCCGCCUUACAGCAACAACAACAGAUUACUCAGCAGCCAGCUGCUUCAGGAACUUCACAGCAAACUUUGACGCCUGCCCAGGCUGCCCAGCAACAAUUGCGAUUGCAAAGACUUCAGCAGGAGCAGGAUCGUUUAAGACAGAGACAACAGGAAAUUAUAGCCAUGAUGGAACGAGAAACUCGCGUCCGUCAGCAAGAAAACAGCACCGGUUCCCAACAGCAACCGGAGUUCGCCAUGAGACGGAAUCCUCUUCAUACGCAAUCGAGUAGCAACAGUGCAGCGGCCAACGAGCUUAGCUCCAACACGGUGGAUCCUUUUCUUAGUGCAGCGUCGGCUGCUGCUACCGCCGCCGUUCCCCAUACUUGCGUCAAUGGAACAGGAAACGGAGCGGCCACAAAUAUCCCUCAGUCUUCGACAGCUCCACCUUCGUCAUUGGCUACCGACUUUCAUGCUCGUCAAGAGUCGGCCGACUCUGGUUUGGGUAUGGGUGGCAGUUAUAGCUUACCUCACACACCCGAGGAUUUCCUCGCCUCUAUGGAUGACACAAUGGACACUACGCUUGAUUGUCCUGCUUCUGUUGGCACUGUCGAUAUGAACGACAUGAACGACAUGAAUGGAGGAUUAGAGGCUGGCGAUCUACCUGCUCAUAUGGACACUACUGACGAUCUCGUACCUACUUUGGAUUUGGGAGAAGAGUUAUCGACGGACAUCCUGAAUGACGUUCUUUUGAAUUCAAACAAAGUCGACAACGUCCUUACUUGGCUCUGAAACAGCUCGUCUUGGUUGAAUCCCAAAUUUAUAAAUAUCUUCUAUGGAAUGCCAAUAUCGUCGAUGGUUUUCUUCAACACGUCUUGAAGUUUACGCAUCUAUUGGUUUGGCAUUGGGCGUGAUCAACUAACUUUUACAUUUUGGCCUUAACCUUUAGUAUGGGAUUCAUCUUAACGAAUAUUCAGAAAUUGGCAAUUAUUUUGAAUAUGUAGAGCUAACGACUAGCGGUAGAGUUAAUCAAAAACAAUUCGGUUCUGAAAGUGCAAACGUUUUAGAGGAAGAUUAGCUCACAAUGCGUAUUAUGCAUUGUCGUACUAGCUUAUCAUUUACGUAUUAAGAGUUAUUGUUGGGAAACGGAAGGAGGAGCUAACAAGAUUUUCGAUAUUUGUUUCGUUUGAUUCCGAAACCAUCACUUUUUAAAACAUAUAUGCAACUAUGACUGUAGGUUCUUGUUCUAGGGAAGAUGGUUCUAGGUGUAAAAAAAAAAAGAUGAGAUCCCGGUCCGGUCGCGCGCCCGUUCCAGUAUCGUCGUCUUGAGAGAAACUGACGUGCCUAUAAAACGUGUGAAGCAAUAAGAUGCCUGGGAAUUCCCUCGUGUGUCGGUCAAAAUUGUGUGUUCCUUUUCAAUGCCUUUGAAUUACCUGUAAAUGUGCUCGUCAAAUGAUUCUUUCUGCAUACCCUGUCCAAAUGUUUUUGACAAGCCACUCGCAAACCGAAUACGAAGCAGGAGAUAUAUCAUUUGAAAAUGUCUUGGUGACCCGUCCCCCUGUAUGGCCAUGAUUACUAGCCUUAAAACUGGAUUUUUCUUGCGCUUCUCGCUCGUUCUCCAUUAUUAUUAAAUUUUUUUUUCUGAUGCAGACAGUUAACUUUGCACCACCACUCUUGGCUUUCACGGACCUCGAGUAAUUUAAACGGUCCAAAUUGUGUGUAACACAUGCCUUGAAGAAAUGUCUUAAAUUUCAGUGCCUUCAUUUAUGAUUUGACGUUAUCUGGUAGCUCGGAUUUAUCGUUUUGUUUUAACAAGGUGAAGUUGAGGGGGUUACAGGAAACGUUAUUAACUAUGUAUAACUUCAUUGUAUUGGUGACGGGCGAACUUUUCGAUUUAUUUGAUACAUGCUAGUUUCCCCAAGGCCUUUUAAGUGUCAAUUAGAAUAGUGUCGUACUAGAAUUAUUACAAUUAGAAACUGUUAAAAUGUUGCUCCGAAUGGCCUUAUGCGAUUUAUUUCUCUCUUGUCUGUUGACUUUUGUCCAUGAAUACAUCUUUCUACAAGUG